AUGCUCAGAAUCAUCCUGAUGGAUUCGAUCCAAGAAUGGCCUGCGCAUGAGGGGCCAAUCAUGCGGGUCGGAGUGGGCAAUCUGGUAGGGAUGACCCAGGUAACUGGAUGCACGGUGGGUGUUGCUGAUCAUGGAUAUCACACCUGGCCUUUGGCAUCGCAACUGUACGGGGCCCGAAACGGACUUUACACCACAACGACAACGUACAUCUGUACAGAGUACGAAUCUGCGAUCAUCUGCUGCUUCGGAUUUGUCCCUAUCGGCGCCGCAACGUCAAACCCCACAGCUCUGGCCCCGAUCAUGUCCUGGCAAUCAAAAGCAGCAGGGAUGUUCGACCUGAGGCAUUCGGGCCAGGUCUGGAACAAACCACUGCCGCAUCAUCUGAUUCCCAACCAGAGCCCACUAUUGACAAAUGCCCCUCGUCUGGGUGAUGUUGACAUAGAGAGUACGUAA